UUGUGUCUCUCAAACAAAGGUCUCUUGAGUAUCACAGUUCAGCAACCUUCAUUCGGGCAUUUUUCGUCGAAUAUUUUUUCUUCUUUCUAGAUUUGAAACUAAUAGAAAUUUUUUUUUACAAGGUACAUUCUUGCAGCUUUUUCUUUUCAAACUUACAAGUCAGCUUUCCCUUUUUCAUCAAGUGAUGGUGGCAAGCAUGCAUUUGAAAUCUCGCACUCUGGAGAUCUUUAUGCAAUGCACAUUGGCAUAUAAAAUGCACAAGUGGGGAGUUUAAAUAAGGAUCUCUCAAGUUGCAGGAGAUUCUCAAGUACUUGAGGGGUUUUGGCUAAGAGUCAUUAGCUCUCACUUGGAUCAAUGAUUAUAAUAGCCUAGGAUCAACUGUUCAGAAAUCUUUACUUAGGAUUUUAAGUUACAGUUACGAGGAAGUGGAGCUUUCCCCUAUGUUUAUCUCAUUGCAUAAGUUGGUAAUUUGAUAUUGUACAAUGUCGAUAGAGUUUGAUAUAUCUGCAGGUAUCUGAAGGUAGUGUUUCAGGUAUUAUGCAAGUCAUCUAUGUUCUCUAUGCCUGUUGUUUUAAGAAAUUUUUUGUUUUAUUUUUCUUCAUGUUCACUGUUUUUUUUUUUGUUUCCCAGCAUACUGAACUUGAGAGUAGUUUGUUCUGCUUGCUGAUACUCUUUAAAGGAGCGAAAACUAUGAGUGGCUUUGGCGAUAGACGACCAUUCUGGAGCUCAAACCCUGCACCAGCUGAAACAACAACAGAAGAAGCAACGUGGAAAGAUUUCGGAACAUCAAUGAAUGCAAUCUCAUUUGGUUUCGUUGCUACCGCAAUCUUGAUAUCGAUGUUCCUCAUCAUGGCCAUUGUCGAACACCUCUUCAGACCGAGAACUUCAUUCCUAAUUGCUGAGAAUGGCCAAGCACAGGCUCAGAUGUAUGCUCUUGAAAAGAUCAGAAGCUCACAGCCAGUAGCAAGUUCAUGCCCGCCUGAUUUAUCAGUGAUGAUGCCUGGAGACCGGUAUCCAACAUACAUUGCUCAGCCUGCACCUUUUCCAUGUACAAGAGAAGGGAUCUGUUGGCCUUCUCAUGAUCAUCGCCCGUUUACCUCAUCAGUGUAAUACACCAGUGUAUCUCAAUUGUGCAGGUUGCAGACAAAAGAAUUUAAGUAUAAGAGAUAUUUGCAAGUUGUAAAGAAAACAGUAGUAAUUGCCAUUGCAGUUUCUUGUUUCUUCUGGAAGUGUAAGUUUUGUACAAUCGCAACUACGAAAAGAGCAUUUGUUGUAAAAAUGAAUUGCUGUCAGGUAACUUCGAC